UGAAAUUAUCACAUCUGUAGUUACAUAAUGGUGUUCCUAAUGCUCAGUUUUUGAAAAUGUAAAAUCUACAGCUUGGUGGUUUACAAAGGUCAUUGCACUUUUCCUUAGGCCUCCUCACAGUGCUUGGGAGUAGUGUCAGGAGUGAAAGGCUUAUCAGUACAGGAACCAAACUAGCUCAAUGAAGUGGACAGAGUCAACUGCCGGAAACAUUCUUUUCCCAACUCUUGAAUUAUCAACUUUCCCCAUGAAGCAGUGAAAAAACUCAAUAAUUGAACAGUUCCCUAUCUCAGCAUUAUCUUUUAUGGAAACAAAGAAAAAUGAAAUACUUAAAUGACCUGCUAAAGACCAAAUUUAUAAAUGCAAGUGCACAAAUUGGAUCCAGCCAUUUGAGUCUUUUGGAGGCCACGCGGUGGCGCUGCAGACUAAAGAGACGGGCGAAGAACCAGCUCAGAAUGCUGCAGAAGUCGCUACGGAAAAGAGGAACAGAGGGGCAGGUAGGCCGGGAGAAAAGCUGUAGCGCCCAGGAUUACAAAAGGGAAAACAAAGGAACCCAGACCCCUGCUACUACACGGCUUAAGUCUGGGGUUUGAGGCUGCUGUUUCUUCAUGCUGGGAUCUGCGACUGUGACCAAUUUGACAAAAGGCGUGUUGGGAAGAAGCUAUGGAGGCCGGAAGAUUGCUCUGCUUAAGACAAAGGCAAGUCCUGUUUCUCUUUCUGUUUGGGGGUGUAUCCUUGGCAGGAUCUGGGUUUGGACAUUACUCGGUGACAGAGGAAGCAGAGAAAGGAUCGUUUGUGGUCAAUCUGGCAAAAGAUCUGGGGCUAGAGGACUGGGAGCUUGUAGCAAGGGGAGCCCGGGUGGUCUCUGAUGAUAACAAACAAUAUUUGCUCCUGAAUUCGCAAACUGGGGAUUUGCUCACAAAUGAGAAAUUGGACCGAGAAAAGCUGUGUGGCCCCACAGAGCCCUGUGUGCUGCAUUUCCAAAUUUUAAUGGAUAAUCCCUUUCAGAUUUACAAGGCUGAGCUGAGGGUGAGGGACAUAAAUGAUCAUUCGCCAGUGUUUCGGGACAAAGAGACAGUCUUAAAAAUAUUAGAAAAUACAGCAGAAGGAACCACUUUUCAACUAGAAAGGGCACAGGAUUCAGAUGGAGGACUUAAUGGUAUCCAAAACUACACAAUCAACCCCAACUCUUUUUUCCACAUUAAAAUUAGUUACAGUGACGAAGACAUACUAUAUCCAGAGCUAGUGUUGGACAGGGCGCUGGAUCGAGAGAAGCAGCCUGAGCUCAGCUUAACACUCACAGCGCUGGAUGGUGGGUCACCGCCCAGGUCUGGAACCACCGCUAUACGCAUUGUGGUCCUAGAUGUCAAUGACAAUGCCCCUCAGUUUUCUCAGGCAAUCUACAAGACCCGGGUUCCAGAGGACAGCCCAGUAGGGUCUUUCAUUGCCAAAGUUUCUGCAGGAGAUGAAGAUGUUGGAGUCAAUGCAGACAUAUCCUACUCAUUUUUUGAUGCUUCUGAAGAUAUUCGAACAACCUUUCAUAUCGAUCCUUUUUCUGGGGAAAUUGCUCUCAGAGUGAUGCUCGAUUAUGAGCUAGUAAAGUCUUACAAAAUAAAUAUACAGGCAAUGGACGGUGGGGGACUUUCGGCAAGAUGUACAGUUUUGGUCGAGGUGUUAGACACCAACGACAAUCCCCCUGAACUGAUCAUAUCAUCACUUUCCAACAAUGUUGCUGAGAACUCUCCUGAGACCAUACUGGCUGUUUUUAGGAUUAAAGACAGAGAUUCUGGAGAAAAUGGAAAGACAGUCUGUUUCAUUCAAGAUAAUCUGCCAUUCGUUCUAAAACCCUCUGUGGAGAAUUUUUACACUCUUGUGUCAGAAAGCGGGCUGGACAGAGAAAGUCAAGCCGAGUACAACAUCACCAUCACCGUCACCGACCUGGGGACCCCCCGGAGGCACACCCAGCACAACCUGACCGUGCGCGUGGCCGACGUCAACGACAACGCGCCCGCCUUCAGCCAGCCCGCCUACACCCUGCGCGUCCGCGAGAACAACAGCCCCGCCCUGCACAUCGGCACCGUCCGCGCCACCGACGCCGACGCGGGCGCCAACGCCCAGCUCACCUACUCGCUGCUGCCGCCCUCCGACCCGCACCUGCCCCUCGCCUCGCUCGUGGCCAUCAACCCCGACACCGGCCAGCUCUUCGCCCUGCGCGCCCUCGACUACGAGGCCCUGCGCGCCUUCGACUUCCAGGUGCGCGCCGCCGACCGCGGCGCGCCCGCGCUCAGCAGCCAGGCGCGGGUGCGCGUGCUCGUGGCCGACGCCAACGACCACGCGCCCGUCGUGCUCUACCCGCCGCAGAACGCCUCGGCGCCCUGCCCCGAGCUGCUGCCCCGGGCGGCCGAGCCGGGCUACCUGCUGGCCAAGGUGGUGGCGGUGGACGGCGACGCGGGCCAGAACGCCUGGCUGUCCUACCGCCUGCUGCAGGCCACCGAGCCCGGGCUCUUCGGCGUGGGCGCGCACAGCGGCGAGGUGCGCACGGCCCGCCCGCUGAGCGAGCGCGACGCGCCCCGGCAGCGGCUGCUGCUGCUGGUGCGGGACCACGGCGAGCCGCCGCUCUCGGCCAGCGUCGCGCUGCACGUGCUGCUGGUGGACGGCUUCUCGCAGCCCUACCUGCCGCCGCCCGAGGCCCCCGGCCGCGCGCCGGGCGCCGGCGCGGACGAGCCGCUCACCGUCUCGCUGGUGGGGGCGCUGGCGUGCGUGUCGGCGCUGCUGGUGGGGUCGCUGCUGGCCUUGGGGGCGGGGCGGCUGUGCCGGCGGGGCGGGGCGGCCUCGGCGGGGGGCGGCUCGGGGCCCGCGGAGGGCGGCGUCGCGGGCCAGCUGCUGGACGUGGGCGGCACGGGGACCCUGGCCCACGGCUACCGCUACGAGGUGUGCCUGGCGGGAGGUUCUGGAACGAAUGAGUUUAAAUUUCUGAAGCCGACUCUCCCUAAUCUUCCAGUUCAAGACACUGGUAGGAACAUAGGGGAAAAUGAGAACUUCAGGAACAGCCUUGGAUUCAACGUUCAAUAAAAGAACUACUUUGAGCUUCCAAAAUUUUUAUUAUCCUCGGCAAACUGCAGAUCCCUUUGCCAAUCAAUCUCUAAUAGAUUUUUGGUUGGACUGUGGUUGCUUGUAUGCAUUAUCGUUUUUCAUGCUCGCCUCAUAGUUGUUUUAAAAAUCCUUUUUAGUGGUUAUAAUGACAAAAAAAGUUUUCUGCCUUUUCACAUAUUUCGUCAAAGUGUUCUAUUAAUGGAGUAAUUGCUGACUUAAAGCUACCAGUAAGAGGUGUGACUGACUGGAGGCUCAGGGACACUGAUUUCAAGUUCUUGGAGCUGAUUCUUCCCAAUAUUCAGGCACAAGCCCCGGGGAGGAAUAGCAAUGAAAAGCCCUCAUUUGGAAAUAGCUUUGGAUUUAAUUGUCACCACCGUUUCUUUGAGGGAGUCCCCACUAUGGCACAGGGGAUUAAGGAUCUGGCACUGUCACUGCAGCAGCUCUGGUUGCUGCUGUGGCCCAGAUCCAUCCCUGGCCAGGGAACUUUCACAUGCCACAGGCAAGGCCACAAUUUUUUUUUUUAAAUUCCUUUUAUAUUUUAAUGUACUUUUGAAGUUUUAUGCAACUAUGUCAAUAUUAGUUUAGCUUUAAAACUCCAUGGUAGGAGUUGCCAUUGUAGUGCAGCAGAAACGAAUCUGACUGGGAACUGUGAG